AUGGGCACCACAGUUUCUUUCUCAGAAUCCGGGUCCAUCAUAUAUUCUUCAACAGAUUCUGGCAACACCGAAGCUUCCACCGCACCUUUUGGACCUACCACAGCCUCAGAGGUCACCACACCUUUUACUUUGGCCUUAUCACCUACCUUGGCCUUUACCUCUGCCUCUGAGGUCCCCACAGUCUCCACUAGUGUCUCUGGACCUUUCAUGGUCUCUUCUAUCACCCUGGUGCCCACCAAGGUCACUGACUUUUCUACUCAGACCAUCACCAACACAGCUUUAUCGGCUGUAACUUUCAAUGUUAAUGCUACAACGACCUACCCUGUAUCAACCACACCAUCCAGCAGGACCAUCACAACCACCCACCCCGGAACAACUGCACCACCCAGAGGGACCAUCACAACCACUCACCCUGGAACAACCACACCAUCGAGCGGGACCAUCACAACCACCCACCCUGUAUUAACCACACCAUCAAGCGGGACCAUCACAACCACCCACCCUGUAUCAACCACACCAUCAAGCGCGACCAUCACAACCACUCACCCUGGAACAACUGCACCACCCAGCAGGACCAUCACAACCACCCACCAUGUAUCAACCACACCAUCGAAUGGGACUGUCACAACCAACCACCCUGGAACAACCACACCAUCCAGCACGACCAUCACAACCACCCACCCUGUAUCAACCACACCAUUGAGUGGGACCAUCACAACCACCCACCCUGGAACAACUGCACCACCCAGCAGGACUGUCACAACCACCUACCCUGUAGCAAUCACACCACCCAGCGGGACCAUCACAACCACCCACCAUGUAUCAACCACACCAUUGAGUGGGACCGUCACAACCAACCACCUUGGAACAACCACACUAUCCAGUGGGACCAUCACAACCACCCACCUUGUAUCAACCACACCAUCAAGCGCGACCAUCACAACCACUCACCCUGGAAAAACUGCACCACCCAGCGGGACCAUCACAACCACCCACCCUGGAAUAGCCACACCACCCAGCAGAACCAUCACAACCACCUACCCUGGAACAGCCACAGCCCCCAGCAGGACCAUCACAACCACCCACCCUGGGACAACCACACCACCCAGUGGGAUCAUCACAACUACCCACCUUGGAACAACCACACUAUCCAGUGGAACUAAAAUAAUACCUAUGGCCUCUAAUGUCACCAGCACAAGCACUGCCACUCCAGAGAAUGAGGAAAAUCCUAACAGACACUUCAGGCCAUGGGAAAUUUCCCUAAUCACCCUGGCCUCCAUUGGAAUGGCUGUGAUCCUCUUCACUGGGCUCCUCUUCUGCUUUGUGAGUGUCUGA